CUUCUUUCCCAUCCUUCCGGUGUGGCUUGUCUUUAACCCAAUUCACUGUGUCAUCUGAAGACUCUGGGUGAGACACCUCACAGCCUUCCUCUCGCUAGCGCCCAGCUUUAUUAUCUGCCAACCCGCCAUCGUUCAUCUUCCUAUUCCUCUUUCGCUGCCAUCGUCUCGACUCAGUCUCCCGUUUCCCAAUUCGGCGUCGGAUCGAACUAUAGUCAACUCCGUGUCAUCCAUCGUCGGAUUACCCUCUUCUUCCCCUGAAUCUUAUCAUCCAACUCAAUCACAUCGAUCAAGCGCCAUGGCGUUCCUCACUCGCUUGCUUCAUUUUCUGUUGCUGUCGUUGAUCGCCUGCGCUGCUAUCGCGGCCCCAACUGCCGAUCAGUCUGAUGCCGCCAACUCGGUGGUCGACUCGACUUCCCACGGCUAUCUCAGUAGCUUCGAGGACAAGGCCCUGCAUCUGUAUGAAAAGUUCCGUCACGGAGUUCUUCAUUCCGUAAACGAUGCCCAGACUGCGGAGGAGGAUGCUGCACUGUCCAGCCGGGCCAACCUCGCCAAGCGACAGGGUGUGAGCAAUUCGACGAGCGCUGCAGAAACCAGCCAGGCGACGGAACCUGCCGCGACUUCGGCGACUGCUGCGGCCACCACUCAAGCGGAGACUUCUGCCAGCAGCGCUGACUCGACCUCGGCCGAACCCACCUCCGCUGCCACGACCGCCGCCGCCACCACCGCGCAUACAACCGCCGUGCAGACUACAUCUAGCUCUAGCAGCAGUGAAUCCAGCUCUAGCAGCAGUGAGUCGAGCUCUAGUAGCAGUGAGUCUAGCUCCUCGUCCACGUCUCCUGUCACCACCUCCUCCACCUCCUCCUCUUCUUCUUCGUCGUCGACGUCGACCUCUUCGACUUCAUCGACUUCGUCCACUGCGUCCUUUUCUUCCUCUUCUUCUUCUUCUUCUUCUUCUUCAUCCACCUCCUCUUCUACUACCUCUGCCUCUACCUCUUCAUCCACAUCUUCUUCUUCGUCCUCCUCUCACACUCGGACAGCAUCUUCUACCACCAGCGUGCCUGCCACCACCACCUCGUCGACCUCGUCCACUUCCACUUCCAGCUCGACCUCAUCCACCGCAAGGUCGACCACCAUGCACACCACGAGCUCCACGUCGCAGGAUACGACUAGCACGACCAGCACGACCAGCACAACUAGCACGACCAGCACGACCAGCCAGCCCACCACCCCCUACACCUCCACCUACAAGAUCACCACCACUCUGCCCGACGGCCAGCAGAGCACCGUGACAGCCGUGACAGUCGUGCACCCCACGGAGACCGCUCGCGAGGUGGCCACCGGCACCAAGGCAUCCCCAGGACUGCAGACCGACUCUGCUGCCUCUGCCAAUGGAUUCGCGCGCGAGUUCGCUCUCAUGAUGGGAGGAGCUGCCGUGGUGGCCAUGGCGUUGUAGCCUCUCUCAGCCUGUGACAACAAUAUUCUACCAUUCAAGUGCAUAUUCGGCGUUCAAUUCUAUUCUCACAUUUCGAAAAUGUUCUAUGAUACCUCACGAUCCUUGAGCAAGCAAACAAGCUAGCAUGUGCAUAUUUCUCCGGCGUCCAAAUACCAGUCUCUCCUUGAAAGCGCUGCAUAAAUGGGUUGCAAUUUACAGUUUACAUUGGUGUUGAAAAGGAAAUUUGUUUUUUUAUGAUGACAUGUCUCUCUUUAUGAUCCUGUCCCAGUUUGCAACUACAUACAUACAUACAUACUAUGUUUCCAGC